CUGUCUGUUUGAGUGUCUGUCAGCUAGUGACAAUGCAUUGCUAGUAAUAUAAUCUGAUUUAUCCAAUGGCAUAAGCAUCUAUCAUCUACUACAAACAUGAGGCUUUGAUGGGCUGAGAACAAGCAGGAACUGCAAUCAAAAACUAUAAAAUAGGAAGAUGGGUGGACACGUCAUUUUGCUUCUAUUUAUCACUGGCGUGAUGGCACAGAAAGAUUUGGAAGGCAACGUCUUCCUCUUUCCCGAACAGAAUGACUAUUCUUCGGUGAUCCUGAAGCCCGUGGAGUCUAAACCAUUAAGAAAAUUCACAGUUUGCCUUCAAUCCUAUACUGAACUGGCCAAGUAUCCUCUCUUCUCUUUGGCCACUCACAAACACUUUAAUGCCUUCCUCAUUCUCCUAUCGCCAGGAAGUAAGGUGUAUGUUUACGUGGGCAAUGAAGAAAUCUAUUUCAAGGUAGACCUAACCCAUAUUGAAUGGAAAUACACCUGUGUGAGUUGGGAUUCGGACACGGGAGUGGUUCAGCUUUGGAUCAAUGGAAAACGCUAUCCUAGAAAGGUUGCAAAAAAAGGAUUUACCUUUCCUGCCUCCACCAGUAUAAUCCUGGGACAGGAGCAGGACUCAUUUGGGGGAGGAUUUGAUAAGAACCAGUCCUUCGCAGGUGAAAUAAGUGAGGUCCACAUGUGGGAUUAUGUGUUGUCUCCCGAAAAAAUACAGCAAGUUCUCAUUAAAAAAUUGAAUGGAAAUAUAUUCAGUUGGAGGUCGUUACAUUAUGAGAUUAAAGGGAAUGUCCUUAUUGAACCCAGUUUGCAGUACAUAUGAUCAAACUUUUACAUGCCACAUAAUUAUAAAGAAAGAUUUCAUUCAUAAUAUUUAUUGGAUUCAAAGAAUGAAUGGGUAGCGUACAAUUAACUCAGAAACCAGAAAUUUUGCAUAGAGGUUGCUUCACAGACAAGCUUAAAAAAAUAAAAUUAUGCAAAC